AUGUCGGCAUUCGGAACUCUCCCACACGAGAUCGCCAUCGCCAUAGGCGAGAUGUGUACCUGGCCAACCUCAUCUGAGGAACCGUUCCUUCUAAAGCAUCUGGCUGCGCUCACCCGUACAAGCCGGUGGUUGUACAAUUUUUUCAACGCGACUCUAUACCACAAGAAUCUCAGACAAGGCGAACCACUCGACUCGUGCGUCCUCUGGGCUGCUGAGAACGGCUGUCUAGGCACCAUCAAAAUAGCGGUCAGUUUGGGUGCGGAUCUCAAUGCAGAUGGCACCAAGGAGGAGAGUGACUAUUACAAACGGGAUGAGAGAACAGGGGAAAGGAAGUCCUUUUCAACCCCCCUGAAGCGUGCCAUACGCAAUCAGCAUGAUGAUAUUGUGUAUUGCCUUUUGGACAUGGGCGUGAAAAUCGAUCGAGGCCCAGUUGCAUGGACUGGCACGUGUGCGCUCGACAUUGCUUCGCACUACCACACUUCCGACAAGGUUGCCCUCGCUCUCGUCCGCAAGGGCGCUCUCCAGCUCACACCCGAUUGGUAUAAUGGUUUACGGAAAUUAGCCGAUGGCAAAGUCAAGGUCGUCCAGGCGCUGUUGGACGUUUGUAGAAAUACAUGCGACUUGGCUGACGGUCUACGAUGCGGAAUGGAUUUAGACAACUACGACAUUGUCAAUUGGGGACUCCAAAACCCUCUAGCAGAUGUUUCCGCGAGCACCUAUGGCCCUUCAACUGUGCUUCAUUAUGCCAUGAGGCAACCAAUUCGAGAGAAUAGCCUUCGCAUCUUUGAACUUCUUUUGGCAAGGCCGGAAUCCAGUGUUAACCUUGUCGACGACGACGGUUGCACUCUACUGCACGAAGCGACAUCUACAGGCAACUCUGAUGCUGUAAGGUUUCUCUUAGCAAAGCCUGGGAUUAAUCUCAGAGCCAGGUCGGACCGAGGCCACACGCCACUGUCCCUCGCCAUAGCUAAACGUCGGACUCGCUGCGCGAGGCUCUUGCUGGAAUGCCCCGAGCACAAGUUGA